AUGGCAUCUUUGAAAGAUAGAAUCCGGAGCCUGAUCAAGAGAAGAUCCGGCAAGCAGCCAAACACAACCAUUUCGAAAGAAUCACCAACUGCGCGAACGACCGAGAACACCCCUCCUACUACAGCUCCGGCUCAGCAAAAUCUCCAACAACAGCAGCCUAUACUCACGCAGAAUCGUGCGACAGCACCUGCUGUUCAGGCAGCUACUACCAGUGGCACUUUGCAAGUAGCGCUUGUGAACCAAUCGAACUCGAGCCAGGUGUUUGCCUACAUAACUGGUCAAGCAAUCGACAACAACAAUGCCCUCUUCCUCCUCCAAGCAGACGCGAGGACGCCGUACUACCCGUCCAGCCCUUCCGCGACGGGAGCAUCUCUCAGUACCAACGUCGCCAUCUCUCUGGGCGCUCCCGGCAACACAAUCAACGCGACCAUACCUCGACUUGCCGGUGGCCGAAUCUGGUUCUCCGUGGGUGCGCCGCUGACAUUCAAACUCAAUACCGGCCCAGGCCUGGUCGAGCCAUCGGUCUUCAACCCAUCGGACCCGAAUUAUAAUGUCCAAUUUGGCUUCUGCGAAUUCACUUUCAAUUCAGCGCAGGUCUUUAUCAACAUCUCUUACGUCGACUUCGUCAGCGGCGUCCCCGUUGCACUCACUUUGCAGGACACUGAUGGAUCCAGCAAGCAUGUGGGGGGCAUGAAGAGCGACGGAUUGGCGACAGUCUGCAAGAACCUCCGAGCUCAGACCGCUAAGGAUGGUAGACGUUGGAGUUCGCUGAUUGUGCAGAAGAACGGGCAAGAUCUGCGGGCGCUGAGUCCGAAUUCUGGUAUCACGUUGAAUCCGGAUUGGUUCUCCACAUACUGGACGGACUACGUCAAUCGAGUGUACAGUCAAUACUCGUCUAAAGCCUUGACCGUUGACACCCAAGCCUCUUUUGGCGAAGUUCGCGGCCAAGUUGAUGCCUCUGGCGCUCUGAAUUUCGGCGCGGGAGGUAGCUUCAAGAAGCCGACCAGCGCGGACAUCUUUGGCAAUUCCACAGGUCCGUUCGCGACGGGUGGCAACAGCCAGACGAACGCUAUCAUUCCACGGCUGGCCGCGGCCUUCAAUCGGAGUACCCUGCUCCUAUCGGACCAGGCGCCGAACGGAACCAAUCCAAACCAGUACUAUCAGGAUGCCACGACCAAUCAUUACUCGAGGAUCGUCCAUGCAGUAAAUGUCGACGGUCUGGGCUAUGCUUUCCCCUACGAUGAUGUGACUCCCGAUGGAGGUAAACCACAAGAAGGUGCCAUAUUUAGCUUCUCGCCCGCCAAGCUGACCGUCACCAUGGGUGGGAACAAUGCGAAGGCCAGCUGAGAGAUUUCGUGGUCAUCGUGA